AUGAGAAAUGGGAUUUUGACGUGGGAGGACGCAUACUGUGAUAAUGCAAAACCGGCAGAAGAUUUGGGAAGUGCAUCAGAUGAUAGCCAUGUAAACAGAUCAAAGCCAAUAUCCUUUCAAAGCCGUGAAACAAGUAUGCAGGAUAUUGGAUCUGAAGGAUGUCAAAUUGAACUUUUGGUGGCCAACAUGUCAUGUGUUCAAUAUGCCUUGGGAGAUGGGUUGGUAGGUGACGUGGCAUGCACAGGGAAGCACACGUGGGUUUUCUUCAACAAUUUCUUUACCAGAGAAUUUGACAGCAACUUAGUUCCUGAUUGGACGGAUGAGUGGCUUCUUCAGAUUGCUAUGGGUAUCAAGACAAUUUUGCUUGUACCUCUACUUCCAGAUGGGGUUUUGCAGCUCGGCUCAUUGGAGAUGGUUGCUGAAGAUCUUUCUGUUGUUGGUUUCAUCAAAGAAAGAUUCGAUGCCUAUCACAGUAUGAUGAGUUCAACUAUACCAUUCACGAUAAUGAUGAAUCCUGUAGAUCAUUCAUCAUUAUCACCCCUAUCUAGCACUGUGGAGAGCUUAAAUGAACCUACACGUCUGAUCACUAGCCGCGUAAAGUCUGAGAAAUUGGAGGAUUUCGACUGCAAUACACUGAAUGAAAGGAGGUUGUCAACUUCAAUAUAUAUUCCUUAA